AUGGGUCAUCGAGGCCGGGUCAGGCAGACCCUGUUCCUGGCCUUGGUGGUGGAGCUGGCCCUGGGGCCCGUCCCUGGCCGGAGCUGCUUGCAGUGUGACCCGGGUUUUGCCUUCCAGUUUGCCUCUUACAUCCCGCGACUGAGUCGCAAGUCCUGGGGUGUCGGGGACGUGCCGGCGGCAGGCCGGCGGCUGCGGGGCUGGGCCGAGGACACGCUGCAGGAGAUUGGCCUCGACGUCCCCCUUGAGAUCCCUUUUGAGGAUCUCCGGAAUAUAGCAGUGAAAAUCUACGCAAAACUCAAUAUUGUAUUCGAAGGGAAAAGGUAUAAGCCAGGUGUUCUUCCGGAAACCCUGCGUUCCAUAUUCCAGGAACAAGUCUCAAUGCUACGGGACGCCAUCAUUGAAAGUAGGGUGAAGUGUGAACGACACUGUGGAAUAAACUGGUACGAAGCCAUCUCUUGUGAGACUUGUAACGUGACCAAGCCAAGCUGUUUUGGAUAUAACUGCGAGUCCUCGAAAGAAUGGGAAGGUGCCAUGAAAGGCUUGUAUGCCCACAUAAACAAAUUGCAGACGAAGCCCACGGAGGUGGCGGAAGCCCUGAAGGAAAUCUCGAUCUUCAGCAACUGCACAGCCGCAAGCUUAGAGAAUCUGAACUUUGACAGUAUCAACGCCACGCUGUCCCAGAACUGGCUCACGGCGAAGGCCAAGAACGAGAGCAGGGCGGACUCUGCCGUGGUGGACUUGCCAACGCCCAGCUGCCCGGUCAACUCCCUUCUGUAG